AUGGAUCCAUCGAAGGUCAAAAAUAAAACUAUGGCAGACGACUCUAGCAAGCAGUACAAAGCCAACAACAACAGGCAGGGUCAUCACUGGGGACUAAUGCUUAGAACAACUUCUGCGCGUGGUAAGAUGUGUACGCGGGCAGGAUUGGCGAGUUUGCCAAGUCUAACAGAAGGAGAGGACCCUGAAGAAGACUUAGAAGAUAAUGCUAAACGAUAG